AUAAGCAAUCUAUCCGACACACGUCAAUCCUAUAGUCUUCUUCGUCCCAUUCUUGCAGCAAAGUAUUUGAUUUUGAGGAUCGCUCUCAAAAGAAUUAUAUUGCAAGAUCGCACCUCUUGAAGUCAUACCCACCAACUGUUUGAUAGAAGGAUUCAUUGAAGAAGCCAAAAGAGAAAAAUAAUGACAACUGCUUCUUUGGGUUCAUCAACCCUUGUUCAAUCACAGAUUAAUGGGUUUGGCAAGUUUCUAAAACCCUCUGGCUUUCAAUCAAGUUCAGUCGCUUGCGCAAGGAGGGCAAUUAGAACUGUUGUGAAGGCUAGUUCUCGAGUUGAUAAAUUCUCAAAGAGUGAUAUCAUUGUUUCUCCAUCGAUUCUCUCUGCCAACUUCUCAAAGUUGGGGGAACAGGUCAAAGCCGUUGAGUUGGCAGGAUGUGAUUGGAUUCAUGUUGAUGUAAUGGAUGGCCGUUUUGUUCCUAAUAUAACAAUUGGACCACUUGUGGUGGAUGCAUUACGUCCAGUGACAGACCUUCCGUUGGACGUGCAUCUGAUGAUUGUUGAACCUGAGCAACGAGUGCCCGACUUUAUAAAAGCUGGAGCAGACAUAAUCAGUGUCCAUUGCGAACAAUCUUCUACUAUCCAUUUACACCGUACAGUUAAUCAAAUUAAAAGUCUUGGAGUCAAAGCUGGAGUUGUUCUGAACCCUGCUACACCAUUAUCCACAAUAGAAUAUGUCCUUGAUUGCGUCGAUUUGGUCUUGAUCAUGUCUGUAAAUCCUGGAUUCGGUGGCCAAAGCUUCAUUGAGAGCCAAGUGAAGAAGAUAGCAGACUUGAGGAGAAUGUGUGUUGAGAAGGGUGUGAACCCAUGGAUUGAAGUAGAUGGUGGAGUUACUCCCAGCAAUGCAUACAAGGUUAUUGAGGCUGGAGCCAAUGCUCUUGUUGCUGGUUCUGCUGUUUUUGGAGCUAAAGAUUACGCUGAAGCAAUUAAAGGUAUCAAAGCCAGCACAAGACCAGUGGCAGUUCCUGCAUGAUACUUUCUAGCUUCAGAAAUCAUUUCUGCUCUCAUCUCUACAACAGGAGGAAUUCGAUGGCAGAUAGUAUCAUGUUGUUUCUUGGCAUUCAUCAUUUGCUGAAGGAUGUACGAGUAAGGUCCAUCAAAAAAGGUAGCCAUGUCUUCAUAUAGAAGCGUAAAUAAGUUGUGUUUCGUUGUAAAGAAUAGCCCUUUUCCCUUGAUGCUUGCUUAUUAGAACAAACACUGCAUCUCGAUUGGUUAGAAUUGAGUACAAAAUCGUGAUAUUGAACAUCGAUUUCGCGGUUCAUUCUAUCUUUGGUUUCUGUUAGCAGCAAACAUAGUGGAGAAUGAAGAAAUAUCGGCAAUCUUUCAAUCUGCAUAGUGACUCAAUUAUGUUGUUGUAAUACACUUUUGUGGUUGUGGUCUUCU